AUGGUACAUUCUAAGAAAUCUGGUGAUUCUUCUGCAGCACAAAGCUCGCACUCGGAACCCCCAUCCCAACCUCGAGGUUCUGCUCCAAAAAAGAUGGCUGUGAAAAAGUCGUCAUCGACAGUACCUAAACCAGUAAAGUCCGAAACAGCAUCAUAUCGAGCUAGCACACUUGUAAAACAAGUAAAAAAGUCAAAUAGGAAGGAUACAAUCAACCCUGAUCCGUAUGAUGCCGAUAACGAAAAUUAG